AUGGAUGAUCCCCCUCCAUGGCUUAAACAUUUUUUACCUCCCCAGGUGUCGCCCUCCUCUGCAUCGGCCCCUGUUUUAGUUACUUCUGAGAAACAGGUGCCGCCCCGAAAGGCUAACUCCCAACAACCUGAGUCUAAACCCUCAGCUUCUCUUUAUCCCGUUUUGCAGGGAGAAACGGAGGAAGAGUUGAUUUUUCCACCCCUAUACCAAUCCCCUUUACAGCCCGCUGUCAAUGAAGCAGCAGCAGCAGCCCCGCCGGAGCUACCACCGGAGCCACCGGCUGGCCCCUCGGCCCCGGCCACGGGACUGAAUCGAGGCCCCGCCCGGGGGACAAGGAGCCGCUGCGGCGCGACCCCAGAAGGACCCGACUCCACUGUCCUCCCCCUGAGGGCCACGGGCCCCCCUGAUGCCCAAGGCAAUCAGCCACACCACUAUUGGCCAUUUGCCACUAGUGAUCUCUAUAAGUGGAGAUCUCAGAAUGCUACCUUUUCUGAGAAUCCUAGAUCCCUUAUUAAUUUGUUGGAAACUGUCCUUUUUACUCAUCAGCCCACCUGGGAUGAUUGUCAGCAAUUGUUGCAGGUUCUCUUCACCACCGAGGAACAAGAACGCAUCCAGAGUGAGGCCAGGAAAUUAGUUCCUGGCCCCACUGGGGUCCCCACAAUGGACCAGGCAUGUAUUGACGCCCACUUCCCCCUCACCCACCCAGAUUGGGACUACAACACAGCAGAAGGUAAGGAGUGCCUCCUAGGGUACCGCCAGGCUCUAUUGGCAGGUCUCAGGGCUGCAGCUCACAAGCCCACUAACAUGGCCAAGGUUUAUAAUGUUAGUCAGAGUUCCAAGGAAAGCCCCACAGCCUUCCUUGAAAGAAUAAUGGAAGCCUUUCGCCAGUACACUCCCAUGGAUCCGGAAGCCAAAUCCAGUAAAUCGGCAGUGGCCAUGGCUUUCAUUAACCAAGAAGCUCCCGAUAUCUGCCUCAAGCUUCAAAAGUUAGAAAGACUUGUAGAAAAGAGUCUCCAAGAUUUAGUAGUUGUGGCAGAGAGAGUAUAUAAUAACAGGGAAAGUGCAGAAAAUAACAAAUUAGGGCUGAAAAGAGACAGAACCUGGACCUGGCAAAGAUACUGCUGGCUGCCAUAG